UGGAUACCGUCUCCAAAAGACAGAGCAGUGAGCGGCGGUGAGAGGGAGGGAGAGGGCAGAGGGCCGGUCUCCGGUGCUGACCCCGCGACCGUCUGACCGUGGAGGUCCCGGCCAGCAAUGAGCUGCCCCCCUGCGCCAGCCUCGUCCGAGCCGGUAUGGACGGACCAGCCAGCAACAGUUCUGAGGUGUCGGAGCCGCCGGCGGGGGGCGAGCACACGACCUCUCCCUCCGGCCCCUCGUCGGCCGGCUCCCUGCCGGUCACUGCCGAGGAGGUGGGUCUGGUGCUGCUCGUGCUGCUCCUCUGGCUGUUGGCCAUCGCGCUCUUCAUCAACCGCUGGGGCAAGAUCCGGAUGCUGGAGCCCUACCUGCCGGCGUACAAGAUGACGCCGCGCGCCGAGGCACUUACCGGCCAGCGUCAGUCUAUGUCGGAGAGCUAUCAGAGACGCCUGUCUCGGUUCGUCGACGUCUCCAACAGCUCACGCAUCAACUCGAUGGACGAUGACGGCCUGAUCGGGCGCUACAUGCUACCCAACUACUCUCCGAACCGGCCGCGUCAGAACUCACUGAUGGUUCCCAUCACCAGCCAGCUGACCGCGGCCAGGAAGGUCAAGUCGGCCGUGGACCUGGUGUCACUAGUGAUUGCCGAGCAGCGCGAACAGCGGGAGAGCCUCUCCGGAGGCAUGUCAGGACUGUCCGGGGCGUGUCAGACCAAUGUCUGAUGGGUGUCAGAUGACAGACAAAUGCCUGGUGACAGAUGACAGACCGAUUGUGAGGUGACGGACAGGUGGUGUCGGGCGUAAGAUCAUUGUCGCGAAUAGGUGUGAGAUGACAGAUCAAUGUCAGAUAAGUGUCAGAUGUCAGCAUACAGUGUCAGACGUUAGAUCAAUGUUUGACCGGCGCGGUGUAGGUUGAUGUCAGGCCACUCAUGAUGACGUCUGAUUUGAAUUUUGAUGGAUAUCAAAGUGAUGAUGGAAGUAUGUCAAACCAGCAUCUUAUUGCAAGCUGUCUGACCGCAGGAUGCCGUCUGUCAGUCGUCAACCCAAGUCGUGCGUCGGUAACACACACUGUCAGACGAAAAUAUCAUCGGCGUACGACAGACCGACGCGUGCCGGACCUCAUGUCUUCACUUGUUACUGACAGAUCGUCAGACCAGAGUAGGGACGGGCCUGGAGAGUCGAGUUUCUGACUGCUGUCAGACGAUAAAGAUGUAUGGCCAUAGCAGGCAUUGCUCAGGGCAACUGUCAGAAAGCUGUCAUGUGAAACGACCGUCAUGAUGAUCAGGACAUGAUGGAUUCAGGCAUAUGACCAGAUUGUCUCACGACAGAUAAGUGACGUUUGUCCUAGACAGCCUGCAUUCAUCUAAUGCAGCCCGCACGAUCGACAAUGCCGAUAGGUAUUCAGCUAACCCAACAGCCAACCCACUCUCCAUCCCCUAACACAAACACAGUGGUUAGUUGACUACUGAUCAGCUCUGACCGAUCAGAAACUGGUCGAUUAACUGACUCGUGUCCCCCGGUCGUCGUAAAGAGACGACCCAGAACGCCACCGUUGAUUGGCCGCGAGAAGUGUGACCGGAGUGACGUCACAGGUCAUUGGGUGACGACCAUUUAUCAGAGAGCCGUGGGAUCUGUCUCGAAUAUCAAAUAUUGGUGUACCGAGACGCUCUAUGCCCAUGC